AUGGCCUUCACAUCAAGCUGGCUUUUACCCAAUAAGGGUACCCCUUCCAAAAUCGAGGUUUUCGUUGCAUGUAUUAGCUCCGAAAUUACCACGCAGUACAAAGACUACCGCCCAGCAGAUCGUCCCGAAAAUUUACCGAAGCAAAAAACGAGUUCAUGCCUUGCUUCCCGUACUGUACCCCAUAUUUCUGAAGAACAGUGCAUCCAUUCUACUCCUGCUCAUGUCGCUUUUUGGGAUACUCGAGCCAGCAACAUCGUUUUCAAACUUCCUGGUGUACAUGUUUCUACACUCCCUGCUCCAGACUAUCCAGUUCACGUACCUACUCCAAACUCUUUACCUAUGAGUGAUACACCUGUUCCUGUUGACCAUGCUGACCCUGGUGCUCUUGGUGCCGUGAAUAUAACCGCGUUAAUUGUCACCUUCACUACUGCUCUUCAUAGCUCGCAGCUACCUUCUCCUGCUGGCGCCCCAGCCCCUGCGCACGCCAAUAUUUCUCUAUCUCUAUCUGUCCACAUAGAGCGCCCAAUUUUUAUCGUGUGGCUCCGUAUGGAAGACACUGCUAACAGGACUUCGAAUUGGCGCACGUUUACACACUUGCUUAAUGAUAAUUUCUAUCCCAUCCAUGUUACCCAAGAUGUCCGUAAUAGAAAUCGUUCUUUGUGCUAG